UGACAGUUGAAAGGUUAAGACGGCGAAGAAAUACAUGCUGUAAUUUUUGGACUACCGAACUGUACACUAUUAUUUAAAAUAAGUUUCGUAGCGAAAAUGGCAGCGGCGAAAGAAUUGUUGCAAAUGGAUCUUUACGGUUUGCUUGGGGUGGAAGAAGGAGCCACCGAAAAAGAGGUCAAGAAGGCGUACAGACAGAGAGCUCUGACCUGUCACCCGGACAAGAAUCCUGACAACCCCAAAGCGGCUGAGCUCUUCCACCAGCUGUCCCAGGCUCUUGAGGUUUUGACGGACGCGGCAGCCAGGGCCGCGUAUGACAAAGUUCGAAAGGCGAAGAAGCAGGCCGAGGAGAGGACGCGGAGACUCGACGAUAAGAGGAAGAAGAUCAAGCUAGACUUAGAGGCGCGUGAGAGAGAGGCCGAGGCUCACAGUGUGGAGGAGAUCAAAGUCGCACGCACGCUGGAAGAGGAGAUCACCCGGCUGCGAGAGGAGGGGUCCCGGCAACUACAGGAGGAACAAAGGCUGAUCAAGGAGCAGAUCCAGAGGGAGAGGGAGGCGCAGCUCUAUGGAGUCCCUGCAGCACCCGGCCCUCCACGGGGAUCGCCGUCCAACAGCAAUGUGACCCCCAAAUUAAAACUAAAGUGGAAAAGUAAAAAAGAAGAUGAAACUAACGGUGGCUAUUCUCGCGACUUCCUCUGCAGCCUCCUACAGAAGUACGGUGAUGUGUUGAACGUUGUGGUGUCGGGCAAGAAGAAUGGGAGUGCAGUGGUGGAAUUUGCAACUGUCAGAGCAGCUGAACUUGCGUAUAAAAAUGAAUUGGGCCUGACGGAAAACCCACUGAAGAUUUCAUGGCUUGAAGGGCAACCUGAGGUCAUAGCACCAGCCUCACAGAGCACAGAUGGCCCAUUCAGACCGGCACAGGGCUCCCUGAGCAGUGAGCGUGACUACGAGAGCCUGGUGCUGAUGAGGCUGAGGCAGGCGGCGGAGAGGCAGCGGCUGAUCGAGCAGAUGCAGAGGGAGGAUGAGGAGGAGGUGGACUAAGCUUUGCAUCCUCACCACCACCAGCAUCCCUGACGGACUCUCUCUGGCUGACUUUAGUUUCGUAAAGCCAACCUUCUGCAACUUUUUUUAAAGAAAUGAUUUAAACACUUUUGGGUAAAUAAACUGGUUUCUGACCGUGA